UGCUAGAAAUCUUCAUCAUUUUCAUAAACUGAAGAUGGAGCUUGAUCCGGGCAAGAGAUUUUUGGGUGCUGCUCACAUUUUCUGAGAUCUGGGAAAAAGGGGUAAUAACAUGACACCAGCCCUUAAACGGCAACAUCUGCUGUGGUUCAAAGCCACACAAAGAAAGCUGUUUAAGCAGUAGAAUGCUUUCAGCUAUCCAGACAAGUGUGGCUUGACUGCAAAGGCUGCAAAAGUUGAAGAAAACUCAGUUUAGGGAAAUUGUCGAAAGCUGUUUGAUGGAAAAUGAGCAUCUUUAGAAGGCAGAAAGCUCUCCGUCCUGCAGGCUAUCAGAGAUCUCUAUCAGAACCUGCUGGUGGUCCUAUAGGAGGUGGAACAGGUUUAAAAAAUUGUCAAUGGUGCCGUCCAGCAAAAAGUAAGAAGAGUUCUUAUGAGCAUACCAAUUCUGAUCUGGGGAAACCACUGGGUGCUUAUAGGUGGCAGACACAUCCCAGCCUUCGGUGGAAAGGGAGCAAAAGAAAGAGAUCACAGAGUCGUAGAAGUGAUCCUGACAAGCCACAGUCCUUUGAGGGCCUCCUGAAAACAGUUCACAGUGAUGUUUGUGCUGAUGAUGUUCCUGUAACACCAACAGCGAACCAAGCUGGCAGCACCAGGUCAUUUCGGAUUCCCUUCACCAGAUCGCUUUCUGAACCUGCACCCCAUUGCAGUAGCAGAGCUGCAAGGUCACUUCUGACUUCAGUAAGGUCAGAGAAUUCAGACCAAGAAGGAUAUUUCACUCGUGGUAUUUUCUCUACUCUGUCCAGUGGCUUCUCCCGAAUGCUGAGUCUAAAAGGAGAAUCCAGCAGUGAGCCAGUGAAAGAAGAUGUGAAAGGGCCACCCACUCACCGUCUGUCAUGUGGCCAAUCUCCCUACACUGAAACAACAACAUGGGAGCGGAAGUAUUGCAUCCUCACAGAUAGCCAGUUGGUGUUGCUCAACAAGGAGAAGGAGAUACCAGUGGAGGGGGGACAGGAGCAGCAGACAGAUUCUACCAAAGGGAGAUGCCUACGGAGAACUGUGAGUGUCCCCUCUGAGGGUCAGUUUCCUGAAUACCCACCAGAUGGCGCAGUCAAACUGGAGGUGCCAGCAGAAAGGUCCCCACGGAGAAGGAGCAUCUCAGGGACCAGCACAUCAGAGAAACCCAACUCCAUGGAUGCUGCGAAUACUUCACCAUUCAAAGUACCAGGAUUCUUCAGCAAGCGGUUGAAAGGCUCCAUAAAGAGGACCAAAAGUCAAUCAAAACUUGACAGGAACACAAGCUUCCGGCUCCCAUCGCUUCGCAACACAGAUGACAGGUCUCGUGGACUGCCCAAGCUAAAAGAGUCUCGUUCCCAUGAGUCUUUGCUCAGCCCGUGCAGUGCUGUAGAAUGUCUGGACCUUGGCAGAGGGGAGCCAGUAUCAGUCAAACCGCUACAUAGCAGCAUCCUCGGACAAGAUUUCUGCUUUGAGGUAACCUACUUGAGUGGAAGUAAAUGUUUUAGCUGUAAUUCAGCUUCAGAGAGAGACAAGUGGAUGGAAAAUCUACGGCGGACAGUACAACCCAAUAAGGACAACUGUAGAAGGGCUGAGAAUGUUUUACGGUUGUGGAUUAUUGAAGCCAAGGACCUGGCCCCAAAAAAGAAGUAUUUCUGUGAGCUGUGCCUUGAUGAUACUCUUUUUGCUCGUACUACUAGCAAGACCAAAGCAGACAAUAUUUUCUGGGGUGAACAUUUUGAAUUCUACAGCCUUCCCCCACUCCAUAGCAUCACAGUUCACAUUUAUAAGGACAUGGAAAAAAAGAAAAAAAAGGACAAGAAUAAUUAUGUAGGACUUGUCAACAUACCCACAGCCAGUGUGACUGGCCGCCAGUUUGUGGAAAAAUGGUACCCUGUGAGCACACCUACACCCAACAAAGGAAAGACUGGAGGUCCUUCUAUUCGGAUUAAGUCACGUUUCCAGACUAUCACCAUUCUACCUAUGGAGCAGUACAAAGAAUUUGCUGAAUUUGUCACCAGCAACUACACCAUGUUGUGCUCUGUCCUAGAGCCUGUGAUUAGUGUACGAAACAAAGAAGAGCUGGCUUGUGCCUUGGUGCACAUUCUUCAGAGUACUGGCAGGGCCAGGGACUUUCUGACAGACCUGGUGAUGUCUGAGGUGGAUCGUUGUGGAGAGCAUGAUGUAUUGAUCUUCAGGGAGAACACAAUUGCCACCAAAUCCAUUGAGGAAUACCUAAAGUUGGUGGGACAGCAGUAUCUCCAUGAUGCACUUGGGGAGUUCAUCAAGGCUUUGUAUGAGUCAGAUGAGAAUUGUGAAGUGGAUCCCAGCAAAUGUUCAUCGAGUGAACUAUUUGACCACCAAAGCAACCUAAAAAUGUGCUGUGAGCUGGCAUUUUGCAAAAUCAUCAACUCUUACUGUGUUUUCCCCCGUGAAUUGAAAGAAGUGUUUGCAUCUUGGAAGCAGCAGUGCCUGAACAGGGGCAAGCAAGAUAUCAGUGAGCGUCUCAUCAGUGCCUCCCUGUUUCUCCGCUUCCUGUGCCCGGCCAUCAUGUCCCCCAGCCUUUUCAGCCUUAUGCAGGAAUAUCCUGAUGACCGGACGUCUAGGACUUUGACGCUCAUUGCCAAGGUUAUUCAAAACCUUGCAAAUUUUGCCAAGUUUGGUAACAAAGAGGAAUACAUGGCUUUUAUGAAUGAUUUCUUAGAACAUGAGUGGUGUGGAAUGAAGCGCUUUCUGCUGGAGAUUUCUAACCCAGACACCAUCUCAAAUACCCCUGGCUUCGAUGGCUACAUUGAUCUGGGCAGAGAGCUUUCAGUUUUGCAUUCCCUAUUAUGGGAAGUUGUUUCCCAACUUGAUAAGGGUGAAAAUUCCUUCCUACAGGCGACUGUGGCAAAAUUGGGACCACUUCCUCGUGUCCUCGCUGAUAUUACCAAGUCUCUGACUAAUCCUACACCAAUACAGCAGCAACUCAGACGUUUCACUGAGCAUAACUCCAGCCCAAAUGUCAGUGGCAGUCUGUCCUCAGGACUGCAGAAGAUAUUUGAGGACCCCACUGACAGUGAUUUGCACAAAUUAAAGUCUCCAACCCAGGAAAACACAGAUAGCUAUUUUAGAGGUAAAACGUUACUGUUGGUUCAGCAGGCAUCCUCCCAAAGCAUGACUUAUUCAGAAAAAGAUGAAAAGGAAAAUGGACUUCCUAAUGGAAGGAGCAUUUCACUUAUGGAUCUUCAGGACCCCCAUGCUACUCAGAUGGACCAUGCAUCCAUCAUGCUGGAUGUGCCCACGCGUUUGACCGGCAGCCAGCUUUCCAUCACCCAAGUGGCCAGUAUCAAGCAACUCCGAGAGACACAGAGUACCCCGCAGAGUGCACCCCAAGUGAGGAGACCUUUGCAUCCCGCCUUGAGCCAGCCAGGCAACCUCCAACCCCUGUCCUUCCAAAACCCAGUUUAUCACCUCAACAACCCCACCCCAUCCAUGCCAAAGGCCUCGGUGGAUUCCAGUUUGGAGAACUUAAGCACUGCCAGCUCCAGAAGCCAAAGUAACAGUGAAGAUUUCAAACUCAGCGGCCCCAGCAACAGCAGCCUGGAAGACUUCGCCAAACGCAGCACCCAGAGUGAAGACUUUUCUAGGAGGCACACAGGGCCGGAUAGGCACAUACCUCUUGCCCUUCCACGGCAAAAUAGUACCGGGCAAGCGCAGAUCCGCAAAAUGGACCAGGCCGGGCUGGGCGCCCGAGCCAGAGCCCCCCAUUCCCUGCCACACAGCGCUUCUCUCCGGAGCACAGGAAGCAUGUCAGUAGCUUCCGCGGCCUUGGUGGCUGAACCCAUACAGAAUGGAAGCAGGUCCCGGCAGCAGUCCUCCUCGUCCAGAGAAAGCCCUGUCCCCAAAGUGAGAGCGAUCCAGCGGCAGCAAACACAGCCGGUUCAAUCACCUGUAGACUCUGCCACAAUGUCUCCAGUGGAGAGGACAGCAGCUUGGGUUCUGAAUAAUGGGCAAUAUGAAGAAGAUGAAGACGAUACUGAGCCAAAUCAAGAUGAUGUCAAGCACGCAGAGAAGUAUGAACAAGAAAUCGCCAAGCUGAAAGAACGCCUGAAAGUGUCGAGCCGGAGGCUGGAGGAGUACGAGCGAAGGCUCCUGGUGCAGGAGCAGCAGAUGCAGAAGCUGCUGAUGGAGUACAAAGCCAGACUGGAGGACAGCGAGGAGCGUCUACGCCGACAGCAGGAAGAGAAGGACAGCCAGAUGAAAAGCAUCAUCAGCAGGUUAAUGGCUGUUGAAGAGGAGUUGAAGAAGGAUCAUGCUGAGAUGCAGGCAGUUAUUGAUGCAAAGCAGAAAAUCAUUGAUGCACAGGAAAAGCGGAUCGUGUCCCUGGAUUCAGCCAAUACACGGCUGAUGAGUGCCCUAACCCAGGUGAAGGAACGCUACAGCAUGCAGGUCCGCAAUGGCAUCUCUCCCACCAACCCCACCAAGCUUUCCAUCACGGAGAAUGGUGAAUUCAAAAACAGCAGCUGCUAACCAGCUCUCCUGAAGAGGCAAUGGAGAUUGAAAGAUAUUGUAUUGGACAAUACAAACCCGUCCCCCUAUCCCCAGCCCUUCACCCUGCCCCUCCAGGUUUACGGAAUGCUGCUAAAUUGGAAUGGCAACAUAAAGGAACUAUUGAGUGGUGAAAGAAACCAUCUCCUUCAGGGCAUAAGACUAGGACUAGAGAGUCAAUGCUCUUUUUCCAUAUCUCUUUGUACAUAAAGAACUCAGUUCUGGGCCAUGUACAGAAAAUGCCACUGUAAUAUACCAAAAGGAAGUUAAUAAUGUAGAUUAUCUUUUUAAUUAUUGCUAUUUUUAUUAUUGUUGUUUUUCUCUUGUUAAAAGCACUGCAGUUGGUAGAGGAGGAAAAAUAGGAACUAUCUGUGAGUGAGGAAAUGAGCUUAUAGGUUUAGUAGAAAGAAACUUUGUCUGACUGAUACAAGCCCUUGGAGUGCAACAACAGAUUGGCAGAAUUCACUUUUCAAGGUAUUGUUCUGCUGGUUUGAAAACUAUCUUUGAUCCCUUGAUCCGUUUUUUUAAAAAAAAAGAAUGGCAAGACCCAAUCAAUAGAAAUCUAUACCAGUGGUCAGUUAAGAUUGGAUCUGGUCAAAGAGCCUUUGGCAUCCACUAUUACAAGGGACAGAGGCCAAAAGUUACUGUAGUAUCAUUGGACUUUGGGGAUAAUGUUUAGAUUCCUGUCAGUAAAUCUAUUUCCUUCUCUCUUUGGCAGAUUUUCUCUUUAGUAGGCAAAAGAGAAUAAUAUCCGGUUUUAAAUAGGGGAUUUUUUUUCACCCCAGUUGUAAUAAAGGGUAUUUUUUUCAUUUUUAGAGUUUACAGAACUGUAAAUAUUUGUCUGUAAAUGCCAUCCUGCAUCUUUGUAUACUUUAGUGUCCUCUCCUCACCCAUAAUGGAAGCAAUCAUACCAAAAAGGAUUUAUUCUCCAUUAUCUAAGUCAUCCAAAUCUGUUAUCCACAUUCCAUCGGGGAAAAAACAAACAAAUAAGCAGAUUUAUUGUUUCUGCCCUCCUUCCCUUCCCCCUAGAAAGGGCUGACUAAAUAACAUCAAGACCCUGUAUAAUUUUUGGUUUUCAAAUAUAUCACAAAUGCUUUUCUGAUUUUUAAAAUCAUUAUGUUCAUUCAGAUUUAGAUUUUUAUCUGUUGGAGUGACUAACUGGUUCUAUCCACAUUACUACGUCUUCCUCACAUUGCCCCCAGCCAAAUUUGGAACUGAGUCCAAAUCAGAAUUCCGACACUUGGUAAAAUGCAGUCUGCUCUUCUCCCAACAGGAAACUGAACCAGGAGGCGGGGGUGAUAGGCUGUUGGCACACACAAGCUUUCAUCUUCUGAGGAGUAGUUAAAUCUCAUAGUAACAGGGUUGGCUAUGGGAAACCCAUUUUUUAGCCAUGGUUUUCCUAUAGGAAAUAGUCUAGUUCAGAUACAGUCACAUGAACUAUUUAUUUCCUUUGUUCAAGGGGUGUGAAACAUUAUCUUGGGUGAAUAAUUAUCAAAAGUACAGAAUUUUAUGCAUUAAACAGUUAUUAUUCAUAUAUAAUUGCACAAGUAUACAUAUAACUAUGCACAAAUAGGAAACAGUCAAACCUUCUAUACCGUCAAAUACAGUAAGGUCAAAGUGUCUUUGCUAUCUUUAGCCAGGUCUUAGCAGUAAUUUUGGUUGUGGGAGAGAAGUGUCUAAUAUGAGUAACAAUAAUGUUUAAUUCAAAAUAUUAUUUUUAAAAGACCAUAACAAACCUAAGGGACCAACCAUGUGCCUAAAGUAAGCACCCAUGGGUGGUGAUAGUAGCUUUUUUUCUUCACUAUCAGAGUAAACAAGGGGAAAAAAGAGAUCAUUUAUGGUACAACUUUUGUUAAUAGAGCAGCCCAGUCAAAUUUACCUCCUAAUGUUCCAACCCUGUGUUCUUUCUCUCUUCAGCCUUACUCUCUCUCUCUCUCUCUCUCUCUCUCAGGUCAGUUUUUUGUGACCCUCUGUGUUUUCUUGUCUUGUAUCUCUGCUUCUUAGUGAUCUUUCCCCCUUCCUAUAUAUACUCCCAUCACCAACUCCUAAUGCCACCAAACAGAUUUAAAGUAGGACCUUCUCUCUAUUUUAGCUUGCCCACAACUACUGUUUAAAAGUUUGGGAAACCUGUGUGUUCCCAUACUUUACUUUAUCCUCCAUUUUACACACACCCCUUAGAAUGUAUUUUCACAGACUGAACUAAACAUACUUCUUGUGUCUUUCUCCUUCACAUUGAAAGUACAGGCCUGAUUCUGAUCACUUUGAGCCACUUAACACGUACUGCUUUCAAAGAAAUGCCCAAUUUUGUGAGAAUUCAAAGUACUGAUAUCCUGUCCUUCUUACAUGGCUAUUCCCAACCCUAGCAAAAUUAAUUCUACAUGCAGCUCUAUACCAUAGAAAACUUGGUAAAUGAAUUGUCUGUUUGAAUGGUUUUAAGUAUGUUAUAUGAAUGAUCUCUUGAAUUGAGAUUCAAAAACUUUAGAGUGUUUGACUAUAGAUGGUGUCUUGUAGGUUUACCUAAAUUGGAAGUAAGCUUUUGAGUGAAUGCUGUUUAAGGUGAUGGAUCAGACUAGAUCUCAAGUGUUAGCCUUGUGGUAUUCCACUAAAGGUUUUGUUGUGAUAAAAUUCUGUAAUUAGAUGUCUAGACCUCGUGGGAAUGUAUUAGGCAUAAGAAACAUUUAGUGUGUGGAAGGAGAAGAGGAGAGAAACAAUACAGAUGUUUCAGGGGCCAAGUUAGCAGGAUUGUAAGUAAACUAAGUAGCUACUGUUUUAAAAAAUGUUGGCAGAUAUUAUAUUUAAAUUUAGCUUUGUCCAUUGAAAAAUUUAGCUUUUUUAAAUAAUUUUGUUAUUUAAAUUAGGUUUAAAUUUAGAUUAUCCACUUAAGCCUCUAUUCAGCCAAAUCUUUUUUUCUGAACAUUUCUUUCAAGAAUACAGCCCAUUAAACAUUUGAUCAGUAGAUUCCAAAAAAAAAGAGCUACAGGAAGGUAAUAGUGUCUGUUCUUUUAAUUGUUAUUUAAUAUUUAUGAGUUUUCCACUUCCAACUUUGUUAGAUAAUAUGACAGAGAAAAUCACCGUAGAGGCAAAUGGCCCUGCUUCAGCCAGUCGAUGAGGAGCCCAAAGACAAGACACAACGACCUUUCUCCUACAAAGGAGACUGUAUUGUAUGGUAGAGCCAAUGGGCAUUCAGUUAGAUGUCAUGCUCCCUGCUCCUCCUGACUUAUCACCUGUUUGUUAGGUAUAAAAUGGUCUUUGGUUGAAUAGGAUGUGGAAUUCUGCAAAGUGCCUGUGUAGGUGACCCCAGGUUAUGGGCAGUAGGAAAGACAGUUGAAUGAAUGUUGCUAAGAUUCGGGAAAAGAGCCUCAUGUUUCAUAUUCCUGUCACAGGAUCAGCAAUCAAGCCUACCAGGUCUGUUCUCUAAAUAAGUUAAAAAUUCUGUCAACUCAUAAUGUUCCAUGAGCCCCUAAAAUAAAAAUUGUGAGGGAGGAAAGAUUUGACUGGUGCCGGUUUCUUGCCACAAGUUAAAUGUAGCAUAGUGUUCUUUGUGUAGCAUUAGGUCUGUUUGCUUAGGUACUGUAGGCAGUCCGGAUCAACUCUCUGUUAGUCUUCUCCCUUUUACUGAUGGUGGAUUGUCCUGCCUGUCUUUAAAGGAAGAAGUAAGAUCCCAUGUCUUGGACUGCUAUCCAUCUCUAUGAAACAUUAAUUAUAUGCCCUUGAAUACGAUCUUAACUUUAGAAGUAAAGCUUUUCAGAUUUGUGA